AUGCCCGACUCCAUGGAAGUCGACCCGUUGCCUUCUGCUGGGAUGAAGCGGAAGGCAGAGGAAGAUCCAGAAGAGUUGCGUGCUUCUCGUCGCAUCCGGGCACUUGACCCCAACGUUGUCAACAAGAUCGCCGCAGGGGAAAUCAUUGUUGCCCCUGUGAACGCCUUGAAAGAGUUGAUUGAGAAUUCCGUCGAUGCUGGCGCCACCGCUCUCGAGGUACUCGUCAAGGAGGGUGGCCUCAAACUCCUCCAAAUUACAGACAAUGGGUGUGGCAUCCAGAAAGAAGAUUUGGAGAUUCUCUGCGAACGCCACACAACUUCCAAAAUCACCGCCUUUGAGGACCUCGCCUCCAUCGCCACCUAUGGCUUCAGAGGCGAGGCCUUGGCAAGCAUUAGCCACAUCGCCCACCUCUCGGUGACGACCAAGACAAGAGAGUCGGAGUGCGCGUGGCGCGCCACCUACCUCGACGGCAAGCUGGCCCCCGCGAAACCCGGCCAGUCGGCCGAACCCAAGCCCACCGCCGGCCGCCAGGGCACCCAGAUUAGCGUCGAAGACAUGUUCUAUAACAUACCAACUCGUCGACGAGCUUUCAGGUCGCCCGGUGAAGAAUUCAACAAGAUCAUUGACAUUGUCGGCCGCUACGCCAUCCACUGUAAGGGAGUGGCUUUCUCAUGCAAGAAGCACGGCGAGUCGGGUGCCAGUGUCUCCGUUCAAGCAUCCGCGACUGAGGUCGAUCGCAUAAGACAAAUUUACGGAUCAGGCGUGGCCAACGAGUUGAUGCACUUUUCGACAUCCGAGGACCGCUGGGGCUUCAAGGCUACCGGUUGGGCUACGAAUGCCAAUUACAGCAUCAAGAAAACCACCUUUCUACUCUUCAUCAAUCACCGAUGCGUCGACUCUACCAGCAUAAAAAAAGCACUGGAGCAGUUGUACUCUUCCUUCCUGCCCAAGGGCGGUCGACCAUUCAUCUAUCUCAGCUUAGAGAUUGAUCCUGCUCGCGUCGAUGUCAAUGUGCAUCCGACGAAGCAGGAAGUGCACUUCCUGAACGAGGACGAGAUAAUCCAGUCGAUAUGCGAGCACAUCCGUUCGAAACUCGCAGAGGUCGACGCAAGCCGGACGUUCAUGACGCAGAGCUUGCUCCCGGGUAGUCAUAUGAUGGACGUGACGUCCCAGGACGAGGGCGAUGGCGUACCGGCAACUCCGGCUCGAGAAACACCGGGUUCCAAACGGCCGCGGAGGAACUCUAACAGCCUCGUCCGCACCGAUACGAGCCUACGCAAAAUCACCAGCAUGCUGCCCUCGGCUACAUCAGCCACGCCUUCGAAGGCGUCCCCUGCAGCGGUGACGACAACGGCGGCCGGAACACCAGACGACAACGCCUUGUCCUCCUCGGAACACAUCCGGUACGAGAUCGUGGACAGGCCCUUUGCGCCGAUGAGGCUCACGAGCGUCAAGGAGCUUCGUGCGGAGGUCAGGGAAGACAUGCACAAUGACCUCACAGACAUCUUUGCCACCCACACGUUUGUCGGCAUCGUCGACGAGCGUCGCCGUCUCGCCGCCAUCCAGGGCGGUAUCAAACUGUAUCUCAUUGACUACGGCCGGACCUGCUAUGAGUACUGCUACCAGGUCGGCUUGACCGACUUUGGCAACUUUGGCACAAUUCGGUUCACGCCACCGCUGGAUCUGCGAGAGAUCCUCCGCAUGGGCGCGGAGAUAGAGAAGAACAACGUUGAAUCGCCUGAUGAAGAAUUCGACGUUGAUGAAGUGGUCGAGAAGGUUGCCGCCCAGCUGAUUGAGCGACGUGAGAUGCUCAGCGAGUAUUUUUCGCUCGAAGUCAGUCCUGCAGGCGAGCUGCUCACCAUCCCCCUCCUGAUUAAGGGCUACACCCCGGCCAUGGUCAAGCUACCCCAAUUCUUGCUUCGUCUGGGACCCUGUGUCGACUGGACAGGGGAGAAGGCGUGUUUCGAAACAUUCUUGAAGGAAUUGGCCUCCUUCUACGUGCCUGAGCAGCUGCCACCGACUAUUGGUGGGGAUGCUGGAAACGGGGACGAGGGGGCGGGCGAUCAUGAUAGGCAAAUUGCGGAACGGCGACGGAAUGUGCGCUGGGCCUUGGAGCAUGUGUUUUUCCCCGCUUUCAAGGCGAGGUUGGUGGCUACGACGCCGCUGAUGAAGGCUGCUGUGUUGGAAGUUGCUGAUCUGAAAGGCUUGUAUCGGGUGUUCGAGAGAUGUUAG